AUGGCAGCUACAGCGGCGCUGCUGCCCCUUCCGGGGAGGACCCAGCGGAAGGACCUCCCUUCCACCGCCGCCGCCGCCGCCGCCAUCAGUAGCUCGGUCUCCUUCGUCUUCCACUUCAACCCAUCUCCUCUCCUCCCUUCCCUCCGGAAUGAGCCCUCCGGGAGGAGAAGACGACGAGGCGGAGCAACGGUGGCGGCGGCGAGCUCGGCGAGGAAGAUCGCCAAGUGCCCAUCACUUGACCGGCAGGCGGAGAAGCAUCACCGCCUCCGGUUCAUAAGGAAGUUGACGACCCUUCUGCUCUCCAAGCCCCGCCACUUCCUGCCGCUGCGGAUCCUCUCCCGGCACUGCCGCCGCUACCUCACCCUCGACGGCGGCGACCGCCGCCGCUCCGUCGUCUCCAUGGUCCUCCGCUACCCGGCUAUCUUCCAGCUCUUCCACGCGCCCUCCCGCUCCUCCCAGUCCCUCUUCCUCCUCGCUGUCGCCCUCACCCCCGCUGCCGCCGCCCUCGCCGCGGAAGAAACCCACCUGAAGGAGCAGAUCGCCGCCACCCACGCCGCCAAGCUCCAGCGGCUGCUCAUGCUCUCCAGCCACCGCCGCCUGCUUCUCUCCAAGCUCGCCCACCUCGCCGGCGACCUGGGCCUCCCGCCGGACUUCCGCUCCGGCCUCUGCAACCGCCACCCGGACCGCUUCCGCACCGUAGAUACCUCCUAUGGCCGCGCCCUCGAGCUCGCCGCUUGGGACUCCUCCCUCGCCGCCUCCCUUCCUCCGUCGCCGCCGGCCUUCUCCGGCGACGACCCCCGCCGGCCGAUCAUCGACCGGCCGCCCAAGUUCAAGCACCUGAAGCUCAGGAGAGGGCUCAACCUCAAGCGCCGCCACCGGGAGUACCUGAUAAGGUUCCAGGAGCUCCCCGAGGUCUCCCCCUUCUGCUCCUACUCGGAGCUCGUCGCCGCCUCGCCGGAGCUGGCGGAGCGGAGGGCCUGCGCGGUGGUGAGGGAAGUUCUGGGGAUGACGAUCGAGAAGCGGACGCUGGUGGACCAUCUGACCCAUUUCAGGAAGGAAUUUGGGCUCCCCAAUAAGCUUAGAGCUCUGCUGGUUCGCCAUCCGGAGAUGUUCUACGUCAGCCUUAAAGGAAAGAGGGACUCCGUCUUCCUGGUGGAGGGGUACGACGACAGGGGCCGGCUCCUGGUGAAGGAUGACGACCUGUCGAAGGUCAGAGAGAGGCUGGCGGAGCUCGUCCGCGAGGGGAAGAUGAUGCGGCGGAGGAGGAGGAACAGCAUCGCCUACGGCGACGGCGACGAGGAUGAAGAAGAAGAUGAGGAAUCCGAGGUGAAGGAUGAAGAAGACGAUGAUGGGUUCCAGGAUCUGUUCGAUUCCGGGGUAGGGGACGACUGGGAGGAGUUUGCCGCCGGUGAGCAGGAUAGCGGUGAGGAGGCGAGCUCGUGGGAGGAAAAUAUGGAGUUCUGGAAGCCCUACGCCGGCGACGAUCUCGGCGACCAGCGAGUAUGGUGA